AAAGGAUCUUUUCUUUUGUUUUUGGUGAUUCAAUUUCAAGCAAUCGGUUAAUCUUGGUUAAAUAUCACUUCUUUGGUCAAUUCACGAAGAUUUUUAGAUAGUAAUAAAAAAAGGAAAAGAAGAGAUCAUGGCAGAGCGAAAGGUGCUAAAUAAGUACUAUCCACCGGAUUUCGAUCCAGCAAAGAUUCCAAACCGAUGCAUGCCCAAGAAUCAGCAGAUAAAGGUUCGAAUGAUGCUGCCUAUGAGCAUCCGUUGCGGUACAUGUGGAAAUUUCAUAUAUAAGGGUACCAAGUUUAUGUCACGAAAAGAAGAUGUUAUUGGAGAGACGUAUCUUGGGAUACAAAUAUUCAGAUUUUAUUUUAAGUGUACCAAAUGCUCAUCCGAGAUUACCAUGAAGACGGACGCUCAAAACUCUGAUUACACUCUCGAAUCAGGAGCUACAAGGAAUUCUGAGCCUUGGCGUGCAGAGGAUGAGGCUGUUGAAGAGAAACGGGGGGGAGAUGCAAUGAAGUCAUUGGAGAAUAGAACAAACGAGUCGAAAAGAGAAAUGGAUAUCCUUGCAGCACUGGAUGAACUGAAGUCAAUGAAGUCAAGACAUAAUGCACACGUAAGCGUGGAUAAAAUGCUUGAAGCCUUGCAGCGAUCAGCUCCUCCUGUACAACAGCAGCACCUUGAAGAGGAAGAUGAAGCCCUUAUAAAAACCCUCUUCCAAAAGGGAUCAAGAGAAGAUAUCCGCAGAAUUGAUGACGAUGAUAUGAUGCUUUCACAAAAUGGCUCUAAGAAGAAGCAAAAGGUUUUUCAAGGUAGCCCAAGUGGCACUAUCACACCAAAGAUAAAGGUUUCUGUUGUGAAGAUGCAGCAAUCAGAGGCCAAAACGCAAGCAAAUGAAAAAGAAGACAAGGCUAAAACUACAAGCGGUAGUAUUGGAUUACAAUCGUUAUGCCAACAGUAUGACGACAGUGAUGAAGAAUAACAAGAGUAAUCAAGUUUCAUGUUUUUCUAUCAUAAUUAUUAUAUCUGCCUCUAUUUCGCUUAUAACUGUACCAUAUUUG